AUGGGGCAGCGGAGGGGCCCGGCCGUGCUGCUCCUCGCCCUGGGGCACCUGGCCGGGCUACUGGCAGCGGGACCCGCCUGCGCCGACGCUUACCGCGGCCUCUCGGACUGCGUCCUCAAGCUGGGGGACAGCAUGGCCACGUACGAGGAGGAGGAGGGCAUCGAACUGCAGGGACUGCACCGGGUCUGCAGGUAUUGGGAUGAAUUCCACACCUGUGCCCUGACAGUACUCUGGGAGUGCCAGAAGGAAGCAGCAGCUGUCUGGGAGAUGCUGAGAAGGGAGUCCCGAAAAAACAAAUUUCAAGGCAGCUUGUUCGACCUCUGCAGCCCCAGCAUGGCCCAAAGCUCUGCCUGGACCCACGUUCCCAACAUUUCCAUCCUCAGCAUCCCCCUCAUCGUCACUUGGCUGAACUUAUAAACUGCAGCUCUGUGAGUAUCCCAACAGAAGUGUUGGCAGGGUGUGGCCUGGCAUCUUUCAGAUCUGUUUUCCAAACCUUUGAGGAAUACACUGUUUGGAGCUCAGAAACUCCCAGUUCCAUCCUGCGGCCUUGGGAUGUGGAAGAGCUUGGCAGCAUCUCCAGGGUGUUGAAAUUUCUCUGUAAUUUGGAGUAACUCCUCUCCCCCUUCUGCCUCAAGGCACAGGCACAGAUCUGGCUAUCAGGAAAUUUGGGAACUUGUAAAUACAGGGCACAGGAUUUGGGGAGAAAGGAUAAAUUCUGGAAAAAGGAUGAAUGCUGGAUAAUUCUGCACCCUUUUAUGGCAACUGGAAGGAAAUCUGUUUACUUUGCUGACUCUUUCCACCAGAUCAACUCUCCAGGGUUUUGAUUUGGACACUCAAAACAAGAUGGGUAUUUUUCCCACUGCUCCAUGAGGUGCAGGGGAUGGUGUCUGUCCUGUCACAGGCUGAAGGGAGACCUUCCUGCCCUGCACUGGACUUUCUUCUUUGAGGACAUGGUAAAACCGUGCUGAACAAUAAUCACAGUUGCAUGACUUCUCUGACACACAUCUGAAUUCCUGAGUAACUUCUGUGUUAUGUGUAAAUCCCUUUUCUAUGGACAGAGGUGAAAAAUAUUUAAAGGGAGAGGAAAUAUCAAGCUAGGAGGACAAAA